GAGAGAAAGAAACAAGAACGAAAAUGAAAGGAAUGUGACUAUCUAGCUGACCAGCGAGAAACAAGAAAGGCAGCGACAGUUAGCGACAACGCUGGUUUAUUGUUGUAGCUAACGCUUUAUUAUCUUAAAACACUUUUCCAAAAAGUAUUUUAAAAAACCAAACCGGUUUAGUAACGAUACAAAACCCUCAAAUGGUUUCUCAAAUGUGCUACUAUACCCUUUUGGGUUUAGAAACAGGAAUGAAAAACCGUUUGGGUUUUUUAAAUUGCCUAUUUUUUUUAGAAAGUACAAUGCGAAAAAUCGAGAUUUCUAGAAAAGGAAAAAGGGUUAUCAACUGUUCCACAGCGAUGGAUCUUCAACUAGGGAUUUUUCUAGCAUUUUUAUCUCUUCUUCCUUCUUCAGACACAAUAUAAAAUCAACACUUAACUGGUGAAAAGCUUUUGAAUGUUGUCGAAAAUGUUUGGAAUUGAACGAAAGACUACACAAAACGCCUGUCUUCGAACAUUAGAGUUUGUAGAUACUUAGCAAACCUUGUGAUAUGAACAAUGAUAUAUCGAAACAUCUACAGGUUCAAUGGGCCCGUGUAACUCAGUUGGUUAGAGUGCUGUACUUAUAAACAGUAACAGUGAAGUAAUGCAGAAGCCGGCAGUUCGAACCUGCCCUCGGGCACCAUAUUGUUUUUUGUAUCUUUGAAUUUUCUUUCUGUGCUCUAUAAUUCAAACUUCGAGUUAUCACUAAAUGGUAUUUUAUGAAUGGUUUCCUAUCCAUUAACUGAACCUGUGAGGUGAAACAGCUAAGACAAUUUUUUAAGAAUAUUUUCCUACUAGAAACGAAAUAAUAAGGAAAACUAACAUUCCCUUGAUUUUGUUGGUUCAAAGUGUGAAAGAACGGCAUGUUUUGCAUAGUUUUCCGAAUAAAGAGCAUAAAAAACACCCGAGUUAUGUCGCGCUAUAUGCAUUUAGUGAAGGAGUCAGUUGUGUUCCAAGUUUUCUUCAAAAUGAUCGAGGAUUAGAUUUAAAAAUGUAUUGAAGCCCAGUUUUACAAAAAAUGUGCCAUUUUCAGCGAUUGUCACUUAGUUAUAAAAACUUCGUCACCCACGUAAGAACAAAUGAAACCGUAGCAAAGUAGACAGUGGAACUUACAGUUAUGAGACAAUCGAUUGGUUGAUCAAUGGAAACAUUCGCCUGUCUUUGCUAAACAUCCUGACAACAACUCAGUAAAACCUUCUAUGGUUUGAUACUUUAGAAAUCUCAAGUAUGCAGUUGAUUGAGAGCAUCCUGCUAUUUUGAAUAAAGACAACCUAAAAAUUUGGAAGACAGAGAAAAAGCUUUGGAAUGCGUUUCACCCCAAGUCAACUUUCGCGAUGAAAUCGCGUCGCGACGCAAUCGCUAUAAGAUUCGCGAAAUAAGACUCGAUUUUAGCGAUCGCUAUUUUGUCGCGAUAUAUUUUUAGAUAGAACACGAACGAGAAAACACCAAAAAUGUCGUUCAAAACACUCUUUAUUUUGUGUUUGAAUUUGAUUCCAUUAAAACAGAAUAAUGAAUAACAAUCUUUUUUUUCUUUCUUGCAAUAAUAGGCACAUUUAAUGACUUUAUACGCUUUGCAUUUAAUUCCAAAGCGUUCACGUACACUCUACGGUCAGUUACAAAGCGUAUAUGUACGUUUUCUGGCAGAUUCCCCUUAGAAACCCAACUUCGUCAUUUUCUAAUCAUUCGCUGGGUUAGGACACGGUGGGGCACGGCUAGGCGCGAGCUUGCAUUAAACCUUUGAUUUUCAUUGAACUUUUCUACAUUCCAUGCUAUUUUAUGCUGCUUUGCUGAAAUAACAAGUCAUAGAAUCAGAAAAAGAUAGUAGAUGGAAAUGUAUAAUUUGUCGUACGAUAACUUUUGGGGCUAGCACAUCUUAAGCAAGCCCUUGUGGUCUUUGAUUUUCUUUAGUCAUUGUGCGACAAAAGAUAGUGUUGCUGAUCUUAUGCACCCUACUAUUUUUGUAUGAGAUGUUACUUUUUAAAAGAGACAUAUACGCGUCUUAUUAAUAAAUUUAGCAGUGUUUUCAAGAAACAUUUUAUUUAGCGAAAACACGCCAAAUUUUUACUAAUUUUGGACUAAUACAAAAGUUUGUAAAUAUUUGGUUGAAUAAUUUUGCAAAACUUUGUUCCUUGCAAAAAUCUAGAAUAAAAAUAUCAUAUUUUUUGCAAAAAGUAACAAAAAGAUUAUCGACACAAGUCUGCGUUAGUUGACCUUUUUGCAAAAUUGUGUACGCAAGUCGCUCUUUUCUGCGUUAUUUCAAUGUUUAACGCAGAAAUUCGCUGAAAAAUUUCUGCAUGGGAGGACGGAACAGCACAGUUAGACUGUUUCUACCUGAAACAAAAAGGACCGGUGUCUAUCCAUCUGCUCCGAAAUCAGGCGUAGCGAAUAACCGGACGAAAACUGGCGAGGAGACUUGAUUGUGGAUGAGGAAGUAAAGACGAAUGAUGUCGUGAGGGUAAGUAUUCGACGCACAAAGUUGGACCUUUCUACUUUUUAAGCUCACCAGCUCAUAGAUGUAACGAUCAAGAUUUUUUCAACCUGGCCGGUAACCAGUCGAAAAAUUUCUGAUCUGGCCGGGCCGACCGAUUGGCCGAUCAUGUAUUUUCGUUUGGACUAUCAAAACAUUUUUUGACGCCACUCCAAAGUCUGUAUCAUUAAAAUUACAGAAGAAGUCUGGGACGCACGGACACCUACGUUUUGACCCUUAACGUGAAGAUGACCCUUGGAAAUAUUUCGAGGUCAAAUUUUUACUGUGAAUUGUUAAAGGUCAGAUACACAUUCAGUGAAAAUUAAUUACUGCUCUCUCUCCAAUCGGUAUUACCACUACUACUAUAUUAUGUAUUGAAAAAUAAAAAGCAUAAAAACAAAUUCUUCUACCUCUUCAUCAUCAUUAUGCAUACUCUCUAAUUCAAACAGCUGGCUCCUUCUUUUCUUGUUCGAAAAACAGACGUCAGUACUAAGAAAAAAAUGACAUAAAAAAAUACACAAUGAUAUUGUUCUUAAAGGAUACUUCUAUGGGCAGCCAACCACACAAAAUUCAGAAAACGCUUUACUUUAUCAGACUUUGUAGAGCUUUUUUCGCUGAUCAUUUUGGUGAAAGAACAUUUCGAAUUUCGUUGAGUAAUGACGGUGUUAUAGUCAGAAUAUCAAACACUGUGAAAUACUGGGUGACACAAAAUGUUUGCAACAUAGUUUGUGUUGCGAAUACCUCUGCACAGACAAAUGAAAAAAUCUUAGUUUUCUUUUCAAAAGAUGCGCUAUGAAAAGCUCUACAAAAACUAAGAAUAAAUCCCUAUUGACUUGUUCUGUCGAUUUCUUCCAUAUUCGAUUAUGAUGAAACGCCUGUCGCCACUAACAUCAACAGUUUCUGGUCGUUUCCAUGACGAGCCGCUGGAUUUUAGUGUGAAAAUUCUUUGAAAAAUCCGGUCGAACGUGCGUCGAAGAUUUGAUCGAUUUCAUGCAGAUCUAUAUGGUAUGAUGAAACGCUGGACGACUAAACAAAUUUAUAUAUAUUUCUCGCAGAGAUCAAGCCCGCUGAUGAUUCCUGUAGCUAGGAUAAAAUCGCGAUAAUGGCAGCUCGAUCUCAUCCUCAAGGUAGUCAGUGAAAGUGGAAGGAUACGUGUAACUCGAAGAUAAUAUCAAGAUUAUGGAAGAUAUUUUGCGUAAUUCGAAAUACAUCAGAAGAGCAGACAUCGUUGGAUAAUGUGAGCCAGCGGCAAGCAUGGAUGCAAAAGAGCGAGCAUUCAGUUGGAAAAAAUCAACAUGGUAUCGUAUUGUAUGAAAUAAUGUAGAAAAAUCCGUAGCACGUGUACCUCUCUGAACUGCUUUGAUAUGGAUUUGGAUGACGAAUAUCUACAAUGUCGACUCUUACCAAUGUACCUAAAGAAGAAAAUACUACCGAAUGAUGCCCUCAUCAUUUGACUGAACAACCUGAUAGAUACUGUUGAACAAGAACAUGAAUUCACACUUCUCCUGAAUGUGAAACUAUUUGAUAAUGCAGAUGAAUGAAGAAGUCUCUAAUUCACGCGUCUUCUGUGAACAUACUCGCGAUGUAGGCUCGACCUGAGUUGAACUGAUGUGAGCCUCCUUCUUCGUUACCAUGACCUUGCGUUUUUCAGCACCACACGGCUCGUCUUCUGUCGCAAUCACGAAGAGAGCUUUGAAUCUAUUGAGCGCUGUUUGCUCAGCGUGUUUCUGUUCCAUUGAACAUAAUUGAAAUGAGAAUAAGAUGAUGAUCUUAGAAAAAAUAGUUAAACGAUAUAAUAUUUCGUUUAUUAUAAUAGUAUAUAAUAAACGGAAAGUUUCCCUACAACAAGUGGGAGGCCUACGGGCAAAGUAAAAUAGCCAACAUCUUAUUUGCUAAGCGGUUGAAUAAAUUGUACAGUGACAAAGGCAUUACUGCUAAAGCAUUACACCCCGGAUCCAUUACUACUCCUAUACAGCGUCACUUAACCGAAGAAGAUGCUAAACUCCGUGCUUCAGUUUUUCCGGGUAUUGACAAAAUUGUUCGGAAAACACCGCAACAAGACGCAGCGACUAGCGUUUGGGCUGCUGUUGCUCCCGAAUUAGAAGGGAUCGGUGGAUAUUAUUCUGAAGACGUUUCGUUCUGUGAUACAGAAGACUCUUUUCAGAGUCCUAUUCAAGGAACAAUACCUGAAGCGUUCAAUAUGAAAUACGCAGAACAAUUGUGGGCGAUUAGUGAGAAACAAGUGAAACUGUCGCAGUAG